GCAUGUCUCUUUCAGCAGGGGUGACGGCCGGUCUCUCUCUCCUGCUCCAGUAACUGGAGGCACAAGUUCCUUCUUCACCAGCCUCUUCUUCAGUACUCAGAAGGUCUGGGUGUGUACUGCUGCAACAGCCAUGGCACCCAAAAAGAACAAGACGGCCAAAAAGAGUAAAGGAGACAUAAAUGAUAUGACCAUAAUGGUGGAGAACAGCCCCGUCAGCAAGAUUAACGGGUUAAACACUCUGUUGGAAGGAGGAAAUGGCUUCAGCUGCAUUUCAACUGAAGUCACUGAUUCUGUGUAUGCCCCAAACCUCCUGGAGGGUUUGAGCACCAUGAGAAACGACAGCUUCCUCUGCGAUCUGACAGUCUCCACCAAAUCAAAGUCAUUUGAUGUCCACAAGGUUGUCAUGGCCUCCUGCAGUGAGUACAUUAGAAAAAUCUUGAAGAAGGACUCAACCCUCCAGAAGAUCGAGCUGAAUGAGCUGUCACCAGUCGGCCUCGCCACUGCAAUUACGUACGCAUAUUCAGGAAAGCUCACCCUGUCGCUCUACAGCAUCGGUAGCACCAUCGCCGCGGCCAUGUUGCUGCAGAUCGGCACUUUGGUGAAGAUGUGCAGUGAUUUCCUCAUGCAGGAGCUCAGCGUGGAGAAUUGCAUGUAUGUGGCCAACAUCGCCGACACCUACGACCUCAAAGAUACCAAGGAAGCCGCUCAGAAGUUCAUGCGGGAGAACUUCAUUGAGUUUUCUGAGAUGGAGCAGUUCCUGAAGCUCACUUAUGAGCAGAUCUCCGAAUUCCUCACCGAUGACUCCCUGCAGCUCCCCUCCGAGGUCACAGCCUUCCAGAUCGCCAUGAAAUGGUUGGACUAUGACGAGAAGAGACUAAAGUACGCAGCAGAUCUUCUAACUCACAUCCGCUUCGGCACUAUCUCCGCCCAAGACCUGGUGAACCACGUCCAGAGCACGCCUAGAAUGAUGCAAGACCCCGAGUGCCAUCGUCUCCUUGUGGAUGCUAUGAACUACCAUCUGCUGCCAUAUCAACAGAACAUCCUCCAGUCACGCAGAACAAAGGUACGCGGUGGCCUCAAGGUGAUUCUCACAGUUGGCGGACGCCCCGCCCUGACAGAGAAAUCUCUCAGCAAAGAUGUUCUCUACAGAGAUGUGGACAACGUGUGGAAUAAGCUGACAGAGAUGCCAGCAAAAAGCUUCAAUCAGUGUGUGGCUGUCCUGGAUGGCUUCCUGUAUGUGGCAGGUGGUGAGGACCAGAAUGAUGCGAGAAACCAGGCUAAACAUGCUGUUAGCAACUUCUGCAGGUACGACCCCCGCUUCAACACUUGGAUUCACUUGAGCAACAUGAUCCAGAGGCGCACCCACUUUAGCCUCAACAUCUUCAACGGCCUCUUGUUUGCUGUCGGAGGCCGAAACGCUGAUGGCGUUCAGGCCUCUGUGGAGUGCUACGUGCCCUCCUCCAACCAGUGGCAGAUGAAGGCCCCCAUGGAGGUGCCCCGCUGCUGCCAUGGCAGCUCCGUCAUCGACGGCAAGAUCCUUGUAUCAGGAGGUUACAUCAAUAACGCCUACUCCAGGGCUGUUUGCAGCUAUGACCCCUCCACCGACACCUGGCAGGAUAAGAGCAGUCUGAGCACACCUCGAGGCUGGCACUGCGCCGCCACCGUGGGAGACCGGGCCUACGUCAUUGGCGGCAGCCAGCUGGGAGGUCGCGGGGAGAGGGUGGAUGUCCUCGCUGUCGAAUCUUACAACCCCCACAACGGGCAGUGGAGCUACUGCACGCCCCUCCACACGGGGGUGAGCACAGCCGGUAUUUCCAUUUUGAACAACAAGGUCUAUCUCCUCGGGGGCUGGAACGAGGGCGAGAAGAAGUACAAGAAAUGCAUUCAGGUUUACAACCCUGACCUCAAUGAAUGGACUGAGGAUGAUGAGCUGCCAGAAGCUACGGUCGGCAUUUCGUGUUGUGUCGUCACCAUACCCACAAGGAAAACACGAGAAUCCAGAGCCAGUUCAGUUUCAUCAGCACCAGUCAGUAUAUAAGGGUUUAGAUAACUACAGCAAUGCAGUUUACAUGUCUACAGGUCUCCAGCUUGUCUGUUGCAUUAUCUUGGUUCCAAACUCUUCGUACUCAGUGCUCAUCAACUUGCUUAUUAACAAAUUAUGAUGAUAUUAAGUUUGGGAACACAAUCUUCUAAAAUAUUUUUCAUUAAUUUGAAACUAAUUAAAAUCAAAGACAAUUCAAAAGCCAUGAAACAGUCUUUUUUGACUUAAUAAUUAACAUAUAUGGCGUCAUUUGGGCCAAACUAAACAUGGCAAAUAACCGAUGUUAUCAUUUUUUUAGGCAAAAUUCCUUCUGGGGCCAAUUCAGCUAGGACAAUUUCCUUAACAACUGUUCUAUAGGAAAUAAAAUGUUAUUUAAAACUCUAAUGAAAGGUGCAAAAAAAAAAAAAAAGCUAAAUGAAUGUUUUUAGCAAUACUGGGUUUUGUGACAGUACUGUUUGUGGUGACGAAAGCUACUGUGAUACUCAAAUACUUGAAUGGAAUAAGAAGCUGGGCUAAGUGUUGGCGUCGCCUGCCGGGAGUAGGUGCCUCUGAUUAGUGUUCAAACGCACCACGCCGUACACACUACAGUCUCUUUAUGUGCGAGACAUGUGUAGUCUUGCACUUUAUGUUGUGUGCGACUGCCAUAAACACUAUCAGUGAGAAGAAAUCUGUGUUGGGGUCAAGGAGGUCGAAAGGGUUUGGAUGUGACAGUAAUAAACCAUUUUGUAAAAAAAUAAAUAAAAAUAUAACUUGGGAAUGGCAUUCAGAGCCUGGGCUCUCCUGGAAGUCAGUACUGAUGAAUUCCUUGACUGCUCAUGUCAUUUUUUUUUUUUUUGUUUUGUUUUGUUUUUAAAUUAAAGAGAUGAUGUAUAAGCUA